AUGCCACCCGGCCCUCUUCCCCUCCCCCUAAUAGGAAACACACACCUCCUCCCAGACAACAAACCCUGGAUCUACUUCGAGCAACUAUCAAAACAAUACAACUCCCCCAUAAUCACAUUCUGGACAGGCCGACGCCCAACCCUUUGGAUCUGCGACGCCUGGACCGCUAACGAACUCCUCGAUAAACGCGCCGCAAUCUACGCCUCCCGUCCACGCAUGGUCGUCUUCAGCGAGCUGGGCGCCGGCCAGUCUAAUCUAGUCAACAUGUACUACGGCGAUAGAUGGCGCCUGCACCGAAAGCUAACCCAUAUGGGUGUUGGUCUACAGCAGGUACGGAAUUAUCGGGGCUUCCAGAAUGAUGAGAGUAAAGUGGUUGCGUUUGAUUUGUUGAGGGAACCAGCAGAGUAUGUCAGCCAUUUUGAGCGGUAUGCGACGAGUGUGGUAUCUAUUAUUGGAUUUGGGAGGCGUGUGGCUAAGUAUACGGAUCCGAUUAUUACGGAGGUUAUUGCUGUUAUGCAGCGGGCGGCGGAGUUGAAUGUUCCUGGGAAGAGCUUUCCUAUGUUGAUGGAGUCGUUUCCUUUCCUCGCAAAAUUCCCCAACUGGAUGGCACCUUGGAAACAAGGUCUAGGCAAAGGACAAGGCCGUGGACGCCCAUUCUUCUACGCUCUUGCCGAAGAAGCAGCCCAAAAUCCCGAUACCGAUUCAUGCUACGCAAAGAAACUCUUCGAAGAGGGACCUAAGCAUGAUCUCUCACGCAUGGAGAUCUCCUCGCUCUCGGGGAAUCUCUUCGGCGCUGGCAGUGAUACUUCUAGCUCAACACUAGUCACUUUUGUCCUUGCGUGUUGCGCAUUCCCUGAUGCCCUUCCCAAAGCCUGGGAGGAACUUGAUCGAGUCGUGGGACCGCAUCGGAGCCCGACGUUUGAAGAUGAGCCGGACUUGCCGUACGUGAAGGCGUUUGUGAAGGAAGUGUUGCGGUGGAGAUCCGUUGCGAUUAUUGGAGGACAACCACAUGCACCUAUCAAGGAUGAUUAUUAUAAGGGCUGGUUCAUCCCACAAGGAACCUGGGUCCAGGGUAACGUGUGGGCUAUUCACCACCACGAACGAGAAUUCCCUGAGCCAGACCGCUUCAAUCCAGAUCGAUAUCUGAAGGACAGUCCCGAUCACCGUCCAUUCCCUGGUGAAAAGGGGUAUAUGACCUUCGGAUGGGGGCGGCGUGUAUGCAGUGGCCAGGGACUAGCAGAACAAGGGACCUUCAUCACGAUUGCGCGACUUCUUUGGGGAUUCAAAAUUGAAAAGGCGUUGGACAAGCAGGGCAACGAGAUUCCCGUGGACAUUUUCGACUUUACAAAUGGCCUCAACAUGCGACCCAAUCCAUUCGAUUGCCGAAUCACACCUCGCAGCCCGGAAAUCCGAGCCGCUAUUGACAGAGAGGGUCGGCAAGCACUGCAAGACCUGUCUCGUUUCGACGGUGAGACUCAAUACCGGAUGAGCACAUACUAUGCCACGGAGAAACUAUGA